ACUUAGUCUAAUCCGAAGACGUGGCGGAGUGUAAGAAGGGCGCGUGCUUGGACCGUGCGUGCAGACGGCGUCGCGACGCUCAAAACAAUAACGCCGACUUUGCGGAGCGGAUAGACUUUCAAAAAUUCUCCAGAGUAGUUACAGAGUAGCAUGACAACAGCUUAGUUUGUUGUUGCGUUCGUCUUAAAUGCCCUGUGUGUUCCAUUAAGGUCAACUCGAAAGUUGGUAAACAUUUCAUUCCCAUUUAUAUUGAACUCGCAUCACGAGAUAUCAACCGCCGACACCGAUCACACCCGGACCACUCAAAACUCGGCGCUCUUUCGUUAUGGAUAGAUUUCAUCGGAUUACCUUCAUCCUUCUCAUCUUCACUUCAGUUUCAGUAUUUGGCGUUAAAAUAACGAAGUUCUACGUGCCCGGAGGCGCCACCAACGAGGCACCGAUCGAAUGCAGCUACGACCUGGAGGAGGAUCAACUGUACGACGUGAAAUGGUACAAAGACGGAUCGCAAUUCUUCAGAUGUUUACCAUCGGGAGAUAUUGUGCAGUUCGAGGUUGAAGGCGUAUCGGUGAUAGAUAGAUACGCGAAGCUCGGAUCGUGCAGCCUGACUUUGAAUAUGUUGACGAAGAAGUCGGCGGGCGAAUACAAGUGCGAGGUCAGCACAGAAGCUCCCACGUUCAAAACGGCGGUGGCUUCUGCAAAAUUGAGGAUCAUCGAAUACGCGCGACGGACGCAAACCGUCCUCGAAGAACCUUCAGAUCCCGAGGAAACGACGGAAGAUGAACCGAGAAACAUUGCAGCCUCAAACUCUUUCAAGAUAAUCCCUCUCCUCGCGUUCGUUCUUCUCACCAAUAUAAUUUGUUAGGAAAAAAGAAAUCUAAAUUAUUUAUCCUCCACCAUUCGA